GAGUUUACCAACGAAUCAUACUGUCAUAUAGUGCGUGUUUGUAGCGGGUGAGAAAUUAAUCUGAAGCCAAAAUGAAGGACCGUCUGGGCGAUUUAACAGCCCUCUGCCAUGACAUCAUCAUCGCUCCCGUGGAGUCCAGUGCUUUCCUUGAGGAAUUGCUCCCUAAGGUUAAUGAGGUUCAGCAACUUAUAGAGAGAAUUUCCUUCUGUGUGGAAGAAGUGAAGCUGAGACACAGUACCAUUUUGACAGAAAUCAACCCACCGAAUUUUGUGAGAGAGGAACUUGAGCAGUUUAACAGUAACAUCAAGCACACAGCCGAUGUAAUCAAUGUUAAACUAAAAGAUUUAGAAGGAAAAUUUUCAGAGUAUGAGAAUGCUAACAGCAGCUCUGUGUACUGUCGCAUCCAGAAUACUCAGCACACAGUAAUUUCACUGAGGUUUGCAGAAAUAAUGAAUAUGUACAAUCAAGAACUGCUAUCUUUCCGGACAAAGAGUAAAGAUCAGAUACAAAGACAGCUGGAAAUCAGUGGCCAGGUUGUCACUGAAGAGGAGACUGAGGUUUUGCUGCAAAGUAACAAUCCAGCUGUCUUUGCUUUAAAUAUCAAUUCUGGCUGCUGCAUGACGGGGCAAGCACUGAAUGAGAUUGAGUUACGGCAUAAGGACAUUCUCUAUCUGGAGGCCAGCAUUCGAGAGCUGCAUAGCAUGUUUAUGGAUAUAGCCACGUUAGUCAAUAGUCAGGGUGAAAUGGCAAACAACAUAGCAAAGACUGUGAUGCACGCUGGAAACUAUGCAGAUCAAGGGAAAGAGAACAUAGAAAAAGCUACUGAUUACAAGAAGUCCUGGCGGCCUAGACUGCCUAUAUUCAAGAAGAAAGCAAAACCAGCAACCAGCAAGUGCUCUUGAAUGAAUCUUGAACAUUGGAUUCUGUAUGCUGCUUGCUUUUGAGUUUUAUGAAAAUGGGGGAUUCAUUCUCCUUGCCUUUUCUUAAAAAAUCCCAUCGUGUCACAGUACUUACUCUACGUCCUGUUUUG